UGCCCUUUCUGAGGACUCCAACCUGAGAGACAGCACCUUAGAUAGCUCUGAGGACCUGUUCCAAAGAGGUGGGCCAGCCAUGAGAGCGUACCUUGUGGCCAUCUUCCUGAGUGCUGUCUUCCUCUAUUAUGUGCUGCAUUGUAUAUUGUGGGGAACAAAUGCCUAUGGGGUGCCACCUGUGGAAAUGAAGAAGAGAAAUAAGAUCCAGCCUUGUUUAUCAAAGCCAGCCUUUGCCUCUCUCCUGAGGUUUCAUCAGUUUCACCCUUUUCUGUGUGCAGCUGAUUUUAAAAAUACUGCUUCCUUCUAUGGUAGCGAUAAGUUUGAUUUGCCCUAUGGGAUAAGAACAUCAGCCGAAUACUUUCGACUUGCUCUUUCAAAACUGCAGAGUUGUGAUCUCUUUGAUGAGUUUGACAAUGUGCCAUGUAAAAAAUGUGUGGUGGUUGGUAAUGGUGGAGUUUUGAAGAAUAAGACGUUAGGAGAAAAGAUUGACUCCUAUGAUGUAAUAAUAAGAAUGAAUAAUGGUCCUAUUUUAGGACAUGAAGAGGAAGUUGGGAGAAGGACUACCUUCCGACUUUUUUAUCCAGAAUCUGUUUUUUCAGAUCCCAAUCACAAUGAUCCUAAUACUACGGUGAUUCUCACUGCUUUUAAGCCGCUUGAUUUAAAGUGGCUGUGGGAAUUGUUGACAGGUGGCAAAAUAAACACUAAUGGUUUUUGGAAGAAACCAGCAUUAAAUCUGAUCUAUAAACCGUAUCAAAUCAGAAUAUUAGAUCCUUUCAUUAUCAGAACAGCAGCUUAUGAACUGCUUCAUUUCCCAAAAGUGUUUCCCAAAAAUCAGAAACCCAAACACCCAACAACAGGAAUUAUUGCCAUUACAUUGGCAUUUCACAUAUGUCAUGAAGUUCACCUUGCUGGUUUUAAGUACAACUUUUCUGACCUCAAGAGUCCUUUGCACUACUUUGGGAAUGCCACCAUGUCUUUGAUGAAUAAGAAUGCGUAUCACAAUGUGACUGCAGAGCAGCUCUUUUUGAAGGACAUUAUGGAAAAAAACUUUGUAAUCGACUUGACUCAAGGUUGACCCUACAGACUCCGAAGAUGAUGCGAACAGUAUUAGUUUUAUUUUUACACUGCAAUUUUUAGUUUAUUUUUAAAUAUGUUGGAUGUACUUGUCAAGAAAUUAUAUUAAGUCUAUUGAUGCCUGGUGCUUCAUAACCACCAGCUUAAUUUCUGUGAAUAUAUUUAAUUUAUGGAAACCAAGACAUGCUAAGCUAUCAGGGAGAGUGAAUUUUUCAUUGCAUUGUUUUAAAAAUAAGCUAGUUUUCUGAGGUGUUUUUAAGCAUCUUCUUAUAGUUACUUCAUCUUAGACUUUUGAAGGGAUGUGACUUCCUAAUAAGUAAGGGGAUUUAGUUUACCACAGCAGAUUUUGAAUGUAACGUGACAUUCUGAGAGGUUUAUCUGCCUCCUGUAAAUUGGUGGGGAGCUGGCAUGCAGCGGUGCCUUGAAUGGGGCAUACUGGAACCACCUCAGGCCUCUGUAUCUCUCUCUGGAUGAUUGUUUGGUUCCUUUUUGUUCUACCUGAGGAACCUGGCUGGAAUCUUAAACCAGACCCUAAGCAUGGAUGAUGAGGGAAACCUAAGAUCAUACUGGCUUAAUUAAGCAUUUUUUUCCUACAGUUAAGUUAAACCAUGAUUAUGAUGAGUAGUUUGGUAGAAUGAAGAUGUUUUUUAAGUCAAAAGAAAUAGGAUAAAUAUGAAACUCUGGAUAAGUAAAUAACCAAAGAAAGAAUGCAAUUCCUAAAAUCUGGUGACUGCAUUAUUUUAAAGAAAUAAAGUUUAUACAAAGAAGCUGAACUAGGCAAGCUCAAGAAGGAGAAAAUUCUUAAAACAUUUUUUGCCUGGUUUAAUUUAUUCAUUAAAAUUUCAAAGUUUAUUGGAAGUAAAUUAGGAAAGACAUGAAUGAGUAAACCUUUAAGAAGAGUCAAGCUUUUUCUGGAUUUAAAUGUCAUUUUCAUGAAAAACCAAUUGUCCACAUGAUUAAAUCGCAUCUUCAAAUGGAAAGCUUACCUAGGGUGCACCAGAGAAGACUGUUGUGGGAUGCAAACAAGCCAGUUGGACAAAAGUCGUGAGCUAGUCGUCUCCCUUUUCAUUUUAAUGUCUGACUAUAACCAAAGGCUAUGGGGAGGGAGGGGGACAAGGGGUGAAGAGAACAGUGGAGGUUAUAAGGCUGGAAUCAAGAGCUGUCAGAAGAGGUAGGAGUGGAAAGAACUGGCAUCUCUUGAACAAUAAUUAUCACUGGGAGACAAUGAUAAUUAUCACUAACUAGCCUGCAUCUCUAAAGAGAGUGUAUAAAUACUAUUAGAUCAGAAACAGAAAUAAGUGACUGACAUACUUGAAAGUGGUGUAAGGGGGACAAAACUAGUAGCUGAAUUAACCCAGACCUAGGCAAUAAAUAUGGACUCUGUUCUGUUAAUCCCAGCAUAUGUUUGCACCGUACCAGUCUCGUUUGAUUUUUCUUCUUUGAGGUGGAAAAGGCACUGCUGUUCAAUGUGAUCGUUCCCUCAUACCACACAGCCAUAGGCUGCAGCUGGGCUGCUGAAGCUGAGUUUGAUGUAAAGUAAUUUGGGCUUCAGAAAGGAUGGUGCUGGCUACAGAAAAAGUCAAUGUCAAAAACCAACGGUAGGCACUUCCCUGGUGGUGCAGUGCGUAAGAAUCUGCCUGCCAAUGCAGGCAACACGGGUUCGAGCCCUGGUCCGGGAAGGAUCCCACAAGACGCGGAGCAACUAGGCCCAUGUGCCACAACUACUGAGCCUGCGUGCCACAACUACUGAAGCCCACGCGCCUAGAGUCCGUGCUCUGCAAUGAGAAGCCACCGCAAUUAGAAGCCCACGCACCGUAUCCAAGGCUAGCCCCUGCUCACUGCAACUAGAGAAAAGCCCCCGCGCAGCAACGAAGACCUAACGCAGCCAAAAAUAAAUAAAUGAAUUUAUAAAAACAACAACAACAAAAAACCAAACCCCCAAAACCCCCCAAUGGUGGCAUUUUCAAAUGUUACUGUAAGUACUAUAAUAUUGGCCAUAAAAACCUGAUCUUAAAAUUGAGGGAUCUGGCAUUUUGCAUGGUAUGAGAAAGGUUACAAACUUCAAGGUUGUUUUAUUUAAGCAAAAAACAAAAAACCUGAACAAGACAUAUAUACAAUUUAUUAAAAACACAUGAACACAUUAAAAUCUCACUAUUUAUACAGUCUAAAUUCUAGCAACAUAUACAAAUACUGAGUGACUACAGUACAUGCCGAGGUAAGAAAAGUACAUUCUGGGAGAAUAUCACUGACACUCAAGCCAUUUUUAUUUCCAAUACGUAUUUCAAUACAUGUUUUGUUUCUACCUUUCCCAGUGCCAAAAAAGAAGAGGAGGAGAUGAGAAGAAACUAGUCACAAGUUGGAUUAAAUGAGAACUGGUGCCACAAUUGACCUAAAAGUAUCCAACUCUUCCUUAGAUUUUGCAGUUUAGGGACUUCAAGUUCAGAACUGAAAGGCAGAGCCAUCAUUCCAGUGGUGAGACUGGGAAGUGGGAGACCCGCCCGCAGAAGGCCUCUGGUGUCACCUGCAGCAACCUGCCACCUGCCACAGAGAGUAGGAAUUCGGAAGAUGACAACUCAUGGCAGAGAUAGCAGACUUCACUGACUCGUAAAACGCUGAACUCCACUGCGUCCUUUGCCGCUGAGAAGUUUAAAGUGUCACACACCCUUAACUGCAUAGACCUGAUUCCUCUACCAUGUGCAAGAUAAGCCAACGCUGUCACUAACAGUGAGGGGACCGAGGGCCACGUGUGCAACGAAGAACGUUCUCCCCCAGCCUGCUCCUCAGAAUUCUGACACAUCCUCCCCUGGAGAAACUUCUGUCCCUCCCCAACAUUAAGAAUUGCUAUCUACCGUAAGCCUUUUAAAAAGAAAAAAAUCAAGCACACAAAAGGACAUUUUCUGAUGUACAGCUAAUUAAAAUAAUGCGCUGCAAGCUAAAGAGAAAGUUUUUCUAGUGUUGUCAACGAGGAAAAGAGGGUUAUGUGACUUGCUGAAGAUCACAAGUGGGGCUUUCUCAAAGAGCCCAAGCUAUGUGUUUUUCCUGCUUCGAAACAUUCUUCUCUAGUAUAAGACUAUGUUUUUAUUAUUGAUACUAAAAGCUCCCUCAUUUUAAAGUCUGGCUGUAUUUAAAAUAUAAUACUUCAUUAUUUCAAAGUAAGGUAUAGCGUAAAAUUUGUGGACGAGAUGGUAGGUGCUGAAGCUGUCCAAGGGUUGUACUAUAAAGGAUUUCAUAUUCUUGAUCUCCAGUGACAAAGCUGCAGGUGAUUUAUUCGUUACAUGUAAAGUACUUAGAACAGUGCCCUGCAUAGGUUAGGGAUUCAGUAACUUGCAGCUGUUUUUAUUAUUACUUUUCUCCUGGCUAUUUUCCAUAAGCCCCUUAACGGCGCUUCCUCUUUACUCCUUGUCACAAAGCCAGUUGUCAGCAAUUUCAUCCACUACGUUUGUAGAAGUAACCUCAAUUCUGCAGCUCAGACCUUUUGUCCUGAACAGGCUCAUGUUCCAUCUUGCCUCUUGGGAGUCUGAAUGUCCAGAGUCCUUUAAACGUCAUCCCACACUGAUCUCAGGACUUGCCUCCUGCCUCUCAACAGCUCUACUCCCCUGUCCUCACGCCCACGCCCUGGGGCUUUAACCGCAGAGUAGUUAGACUUGAACUGCCGAUUGAUCAGAGGCUGCAGCGGCUAACAGCACGGGCUCUGAAGCCUGGACCAAAUCUCCACCCUGCCAUGUGCUGACCAGGUGACCUCAGACAAGUUACCUGUGCUCUCUCAGUCUCACUUUCCUCUUCUAUAAAAUGGGAUUUAUAGCAACACCUGCUUCACAGGUUGUUUUAAGGAUUAAAUGAGUUAAAACACGUAAGGCAUUUAGAAAAACGUGUAAAACCAGCAUUUCGUUUUAUUUUCUAUGCAACUGCCGUUGCUACUGUUCUCACCACUACCACUGUUGCUGUCCGGUUCCCUGAAAGCAUCGUGAACUUUCCUUCCUGGACUCUCCCAGAGCCCUGUUCCCUCCUCCCCCGCCUCAUGCCCUCAUGCUAAGUUGUCAGUUCUGUACAGACAGCCCCCCAACACCAGGAAUCCGGGACCCACGCCUCCUCCAGCUUCCUUCCACCCGUGGAACAAACUGUGGUUGGUACGGUUAUGAUUCCUACUCAUCUUGGGUGAAACUUAGAGGAUUUAAGCUAUUUAAGACAUGUUACGUAGUUCAAAAUGGAGUCCCAGUGGCCAACACGAACUUGCCUAUGAGUUGUUUUGAAACAUCCACUGUAGGACUGCCAGUGUCCUCGAAUGAUAAACUGAGAAUAUUACUUUAGACAAGAAGUUUGAUGGGCCAUGUAUGGCACGGGAACAGACAGCAACUGAAGGAGUCCAGACUCUUCCCCUGGGGUAACAGUUAUUCCUUAAGAGGAGUCCAUUGAACAGAGUGACCUGAAGGAUCUUGGCUGGAGGCCCCCAUGCUGCUGAGAGCUGUUCCAGAUGGAGGCCACCUGCGGCCCUGCUGGAGCCGGGGUGGUUUCCCACUCUCACUUGUCAUGUGCUGCUGUUGGUGCUGAGAUGCCUCCUUCAAGGCUUCUCCUUGGAGUGGUUCGUUUACACCCUCCUCCCCUGCCCACCCCCCCCACACUUUGCCUAACCUGUGUUGUGCGCUAAUUAUGUAUAGUAAACCGAGUGAGUCGUGAGUUGAAUAUUGGCUACUGUUUUAUCUCCAAUCCCGUGAUCCCUACCUGCCCUUACUGCUGGGCCCUGCAACAAACAGGUUCCACGGUGGAAGGUUUUCUGCAGAGUAUCCUCUCCCAUCCAUAGACUCUGGGGUUCACCACUGGACUCCCAGCACACGGCUCAAUACUUGGCAGGGAGUAGGAGGCUCAAAUAUCUGUUGGAUGGCUAGACAAAUGAAGUCCCUCCAAAGCUGUCAGUCACCAAUCUGUCCCUCCUACCCUGUUACCUCUACUCACGCCAUCUCUACCGGUCAACUGCACAAGCCAGAAACGUGAGAGAAACUUAGAUCCUCCUCCUUCCUUAGCAAGUGGCCAGUCAAGCCCUGCACUGACGCCUCUGGGAACCCUCUCCCCCUCCAAGUCUCUCCCUUUCCUAGAAUUGCUGUAUCAUGUUCCUGUGUGGCCUUAAAAGUUUCCUAACUCAUCUCUCUGCCUCUUCUAGUCUCUCUCUCCUCUUCAAUCCACCCUCCUGCCACCAUUUUUCUACAAUCAUCUGAUAAUAUCACCUGUCCGCUGAACCCUGCUCAAGGAUUUCCCCAUCUACAGAAAGUCCUUCCUGGUCCCAGGUCCAGGCUGCAUUUCUAUGGGUCUCCUAGCGCUCCCGCACACCAAGCCCCUGUGGGAUGACUCACUGUUCUGCCUACAUUCCACAACUCUGUGCCUUCCUGCAAGCCAUCCCAUCCAUCUGGGCCAUUCUCUCUUCCUCUAUCUCGCCAAAUGUAAUCCCUCCUUUAAGGCAAACCAUGCCAAAUUUGAGGAACACUCUUUUCUGAAAAAAAGGUUUCAGGUAAUUCUCAUGGUUCUUACGUCUGUGUUCCCCAGCACUUCAUAUACAACUCAUCAUGCCAAAGUAUAGUGGUCAACCCUGCUAAACAAUCUGGAGAUAAUAAUUGUGUCUCAUUCUUUCAAAGUGCUACUAAGUAUCUAUUAUAUCUUACUGAUGUGUGUAACCCAUUGUAUAAUACAAAAUUUGAUAUAAUAAAGGUACUCAGUAACUGA